AUGAGGGGGGAUGGUGGAAGAUUGGGUAUGGAAAGCGACGAAGAUAAGUGUCUCGUUUCGCGUGGGAUGCGACCAGCAGCAGAGAAAAUAAAGCAGUCUGAGCCAGACAAAAACACAGAACGCAAGGCGAAAGCUGGCAAACGAGGUGCAACAGAAUUCCAAACCGAGGCUGGACCGUCGAAGCGACGACUGCAGAGCAAUGAAAGAAGAAAGCGGAAGUCCCCAGUCACUGAUGUCCGUGGUGACCCCCUUGGGAUCAUUCAUGAUUCUGGGAAUUUGACUCGUAUUAGCUUCCUACUCCUGCAACUAGUACUUGAAGGUGUCAAUCCAUUCAAUCAACUGGCAACAUGUCACACUCGCUAG